CUUGAUCAUCCAAACAGAGCAAUGGUGAUGUGCGCGGCGAGCCUACCGAGACUGACGUGCCAACUCGCCACUUUGCGUCUCGUGCGAGAGCGCGUCUUAAAACGCGUCGUUCUUCAUUCGUGUUCAUUCCGCUGAACUUGUUGAUGAGCGCCGGGACCUUGGAGAGCAUGUGCGCCAGGGGACUUUCGACGCUUUUCCAGACCACCACACAGGACGAACACAAUGAGUGACCAGAGAAGCUGAGGAGACCUGUCACACGUCUUAUCAACACGUCAAAGGGGCUAUCUGCUUCUCGCCUCUUCCAUCAGCCUCCCUCCAGCUUGUCCUCUCCUCAAUGGGCUGUGAGCCCUAAAGAGACACAAAGAGUCAAAAGAAAAGAAGACGCCUUUAAGAAGACAUGUCUCCCCAUUCCCGUUGAGCGAGUAUCUCUCAUUGGAAGCGGCAGUAGGAGAGGGGAUCCUCGCUUUAUAAGUCUUUCUAAGGAGAAGGGGCCUGAGAGAGGACCAGUCAUGCGUCUCUAUUUGGCAUUGGCGCUUCAGGCGUUGUGGACUGGUGUUUGCCAGGCUGCCAUACAGCACUACCCUGCGGCUUGGGGCCACUACGACGUGUGCAAAUCCCAGAUCUACUCAGACGAAGGACUAACCUGGGACUACAUGGCCUGCCAGCCGGAGACGGCGGACAUGACCCAGUACCUGAAGGUCAUGCUUGAUCCACCCAACAUCACCUGUGGAAAUCCUCCUGAGACAUACUGCGCGCUGGAAAAUCCCUACAUGUGUAAUAAUGAAUGUGACGCCAGUACUGAGGAGCUCGCCCACCCUCCGGAACUCAUGUUUGACAUCGAGGGACGCAACCCCACGACGUUCUGGCAGUCCACGUCCUGGAAAAGGUAUCCAAAGGCGCUCCUGGUCAACAUCACGCUGUCUUGGAACAAGACCAUCGAGCUGACAGAUGAUAUCGUCCUCACGUUUGAGUCAGGCAGACCAGAACAGAUGGUACUGGAAAAGUCGCUGGACUAUGGACGUAGCUGGCAGCCCUAUCAGUUCUAUGCCACUGACUGUCUGGAUGCCUUCACCAUGGAGCCCAAGACGGUGCAGGAUCUGACCCAGCAUACUCUGCUGGACAUCAUCUGCACUGAGGACUACUCUCGAGGUUAUGUGUGGAAGUAUGACAAAACAGUUCGCUUUGAGAUCAAGGACCGCUUUGCGCUGUUCGCCGGUCCGCAACUCCACAACAUGGCGUCACUUUAUGGCCAACUGGACACCACCAAGAACCUGCGAGACUUUUUCACCAUCACCGACCUGAGAAUCCGUCUGCUGCGACCUGCCACUGGAGCCACAAUGGUGGAUGAGAACAACCUGUCCAGAUACUUCUACGCCAUUUCUGACAUUAAAGUCCAGGGCAGGUGCAAGUGCAACCUUCACGCCAACAGCUGCGUGUUUGACAAAGAGAAGCUGAGCUGCGAGUGUGAGCACAACACCACCGGGCCCGAUUGUGGCCGCUGUAAGAGGAACUACCAAGGCAGAGCGUGGAGUGCCGGCUCCUACUUGCCCAUCCCGAAAGGCACUGCGAAUAUAUGUAUUCCUAAUAACAUUGGUCCUGUUAACUGCGAAUGCUUCGGCCACUCCAACCGUUGCAGCUACAUCGAGCUGCUAAACACGGUUAUUUGCGUGAGCUGCAAGCACAACACUAGGGGGCAGCACUGCCAGCUAUGCAAGCUGGGCUUCUAUCGCAAUGCUUCGGCAGAACUGGAUGAUGAAAAUGUUUGCAUAGAGUGUAAUUGUAAUCCCUUUGGCUCAGUCAGUGAUCGCUGUAAUGGCACAGGAUAUUGUAUAUGUAAGGAGGGCACUACAGGGCCUAAGUGUCACGAGUGUCUGCCCGGCUAUAUGUGGGACGAUGGCUGCAAAUCUCGGGUAUGUGACAACGAGCUCAUGCGCUGCCAAAACGGCGGCGUGUGCAUCAGCAACGUCCGCUGCAACUGCCCCUCGGCCUACACGGGCCUGCUGUGCGAGAAGCCGCUGUGCGAGUCGGAGCUGGGGGGUUGUCGAGGUGCCAGUUCGGGACAACGCCCUCUGAGGCCCGCGUCCUCCUUUGUUCUACUGCUACUUCUGGGCUUGGCACUUCACUAAAGAGACCGACCUGGUGGGACCAAUUUAACCCCACGCCCCCCCACCCCUGCCACUCCCCCCCCCCCCCCCCCCCGCACACACAAACAGCCUUCACCUCACCGACCGACCCCAUCCCUCUUUCGAAUAACCCACGACCAUUCGAGCAGAACAAUCGUGAGCUUUGUGGACUGUACUACACCAGCUUCUUCUUUGAGCAGCCUCAGCGGACACUGAUGUGAAAAGGAAUGUGCCGGAUCAGUGAGUGCAAACUCUUUUUGUUCAUACAAUAUCAAAGAAUAUAUACAAAAAAAAAGUAAAUGUAUACUUGUAAAAAUGCCAAAAUAAUCUUGAAAUUGAACGUAAAAGGGUGCAAUGAACAAUGAAACCCCCGCCCCCCCCCCCCCCCUCCCUCCCAAACCCACCCCGACCAACCGCUCCGGCUCAUCCUUCCUCUAAGCCAUCCAGGUGCUUAAGCUCCCCACCAGUCGGAGCGAAUAACUGAAGAGGACUUCCUCUGUUAUCGCCACGGCAACAACGGCGGCAACCAAUUGACUGGCACGAGCCGACCGAGGCUGCCGAGACCCCCUUUUGGGGACGUUCGUGUCAGCUUAAGGUUGGCCGGACUAGUUGAGGAAGACAAAACAAAGAAAUAUUUCCCUGGGCUUCUUCAAUAUAAUGUCCGUCGGGGAGGACAAACGCAGAAGGUGUUCUUCGCCCUGUGCAUUAUGGAUGGAAAGAAAGGUGCGCAGACUGCCACGUUGCGGCGCGUAAACUUUCCACCCGUUUUUCUGCCUUCAAAGCUCAUGCUCCUCAUCCUUCCCCUCGCCGUGCUGCCACUGACCUGUGCUUUUGUGAAUCUUACUCUGUCAAACCCUCGUCGCUUGAAGGAUUCUUUUUUUUUCUUUCUUUUUCUUUUUUUUUUGUCAAAUGUUGGUGAUGCACAUGUGUAAGAAUCCUCUCCGUUUCUCUCUCUCUCUCUCUCUCUCUCUAUCGGCUCUCCCAUCAUCUUUCCUCCUCCAAUAAGCGCCACUAAAGCUGUCUGAUUCUUUUCUAUUAGACUCUCUGCUCUCUUGACCCGGUCAGGGGAUAGUUUUCCACACGACGGGUGGAUAGAAAAUCAUCGAUGUAUUUACAGGUUCACUUCUAAACUGAGAAAACAAAACAAGUAAUGUAGUACUUUUGUAUCUUUGCUGAACUGUGACAAAAAAAAGGCAAAUUUAAUGUAUGUAUACAACACCCGAAAUGCAGUAUUUUUUUUUUUCUUUUUCUACCCCAUUCAUCUUUAUUUCAUGCUUUUAGUUCUACGGGUCAUUUUCCUUUUUGUUGGCAAUGUGCUGGCGUCAAAGAAUAUCAGUUUACAUCCAGUAUUUAAAAAAAAAGUGUAUUACAAUCUCACCAAAGGACAUUCUAAAUGUCAUGUUCUCGCGUAAACGCUUGAGGAUUUAAGUGAAUAAAAGCUUCAAAGUGA